CAGGUACACUAGCUCGCCACACACCUAACCCAUCGUGACCAAAGCUGUCUGUACAAAAGACAAAUCCUGACGACAAAGCUUGUCACCCCCCAAAAGCCUCAAGCCAACAGCUGCAGUAGCAGCUAUGGAUGCCUACGAGAAGAUUGAGAAGAUUGGCGAGGGCACCUAUGGCAAGGUGUACAAAGCCCGCGACAUUAAUACCGGGAAGCUGGUCGCGCUGAAGAAGUGCCGCCUUGAAAUGGAGGAGGAGGGAGUGCCCUCGACAACGCUGCGUGAGAUUUCGCUGCUGCAGAUGCUCAGCGAGAGCAACCAUAUUGUCAAGCUCCUCUGCGUCGAGCACACCGAGGAGAACAACAAGCCAUGCCUUUACCUGGUCUUCGAGUACCUGAACACGGACAUGAAGAAGUGGAUGGACCGCCAUGGAAAGGGUCCAGCCCACCCGCUGCCUUCUAUGCACAUCAAGAGCAUGGUCUACCAGCUCAUCAAGGGUGUUGCCUACUGCCACAUGCACGGCGUGCUGCAUCGCGACCUCAAGCCCCAGAACCUGCUGGUGGACGACGAGAAGAUGUGCCUCAAGGUCGCUGACCUGGGCCUGGGCCGCCACUUCAGCGUGCCCCUCAAGAGCUACACGCACGAGAUUGUGACCCUAUGGUACCGCGCGCCCGAGGUGCUGCUGGGCGCCACCCACUACGCCACCCCCGUGGACAUGUGGUCCGUCGGCUGCAUCUUCGCUGAGCUCGUGCGCAAGGCGCCCCUGUUCCCCGGCGACAGCGAGUACCAGCAGCUGCUGCACAUCUUCAAGCUGCUGGGCACUCCCAGCGAGGACACCUGGCCCGGCGUCACCAAGCUGCGCGACUGGCACGAGUGGCCCCAGUGGCAGCCCCAGGACCUGCACCGCAUCUUCCCCAGCCUGGACGACUCGGGCAUCGACCUCAUGAAGCGCUGCUUCGCCUACGACCCCGCCAUCCGCAUCUCGGCCAAGGAGGCGAUCAACCACCCCUACUUUGACGACCUGGAUAAGGUGACCGUGGACGCGCUGGAGAGCCAGGAGGUGCGCGACCGCAUGGCGGAGGCCGCCGCCGCCAACGUUGUCUGCUGAGAGGGCGUGGGCACGGUGGCGCGUCCACUGCCGGACCCGCUGCGCGUGCAAGGGUGCGAAGUCUGCGCGGCAUGUGGACGCACGGGGCUGGGGUUGCGUGGCCUGUGGUGAAGGUGCGCCACUGCGCCGGCCUUUGGCAUAUUCAUUUGAAACCCAAUCAUUGACGUGUGGUGAUGCAUCGGACGCGUGGGGUGCUCGCAUGUGCACACACACAUAUGACCUGCAGACAUGACGCUGACUGUGGCUGUGAUGGCAUGUGCCCUAUUGUACAUACGUAGUAUGGGCCCUAAGAAUAUGUUGACAUGACGCUGACUCGGACCAGGGUGGAAGUUGCGUGCUGCGGACUGAAGCAGAUGCGGGCCUCGUAUCCGUGGGCGGCUACGUGGGUAUCUGAGGCCAGCAGGGGCGCCUACAUGGGAUGGCUUUGGGACAAUGGGGCAGUGGUGAGUGCAGCAGAGUGAGCAGUUGCGGGCAAGGCUGCGCCUACACCCCGCUGCCUCCUGCCGGGGUUGCGGCCCCGCAACCUGCUGGCGCUUGCUGUAACGCUCAAACGAGG